UCGAAGCCUAUGUGAAAGUGUCCGUCGAGUUGGUAACAAGUGAGCAAUAGAAUUGAUUUAAUAUAAUACUCAGUGUAUUCGUAUAGCCGAUCGUACCCGGAGAGAGCAGCGAGAACGGAUGCAUUAAAUAAUAAUGCACCUCACGUCCAUCUUUAUCGGCCUCGUGAUCGUGGUGACGUCGUCACCGUCGCCAGUGCCCGAGAAGGGUGGGAUAUCUGUAAGUUUUGGCAAUGGCAAAAAAAAUGUUACCAGUGCAAAUCUCUCUAAUCCCGGGCUCGACGACAAAGGAUUUCUGGAAUGGCUUUCCCAGCUGCUAAGCGGCCAAACAGGAGGUACCACUGCGAAACCGGAAAUAGAGAAACCUCAAGAUUGUCCAAAAUGCAAAUGUGGUCUGACGAACAAGCAGCACAGAAUUGUGGGUGGCGUGGAGACACAAGUAAAUCAGUAUCCAUGGAUGGCAUUAUUAUUGUACCAAGGAAAAUUUUAUUGUGGUGGUUCGGUGAUUAAUUCACGAUACAUAUUGACAGCUGCUCAUUGCGUUGACGGCUUUCAAAGGAGCAAGAUGGGUGUCCGUCUUCUCGAACAUGACAGAAAUACCACGACGGAAACGCAGACGCAGGAAUUCAAAAUCGAACAGAUUAUUCGACACAGUGGUUACUCGACUGUUAAUUAUAACAAUGAUAUAGCAUUGUUGAAGGUACAAGGCAGCCUGAAAUUCGAGGGACCAUUGAGACCAGUAUGCCUGCCUGAAUUCGGGAAAACAUUUGCCGGUGACACGGGUAUAGUAACAGGAUGGGGAGCGACCGAAGCUUCUGGACCUAUUUCUAUAACGCUACAGGAAGUCAGCGUACCGAUCAUGACGAAUAACGAUUGCCGGGCGACAAAGUAUCCAGCAAGAAAAAUUACAGAUAAUAUGCUCUGUGCUGGGUUCAAGGAAGGGAGCAAAGAUUCUUGUCAGGGUGACAGUGGUGGUCCAUUACACGUGGCAAGGGAUGGCGUUCAUCGAGUUGUCGGAGUUGUAUCCUGGGGCGAGGGGUGCGCACAGCCUAAUUAUCCUGGGGUUUAUGCCAGAGUAAAUCGUUAUCUAAGUUGGAUAGAGCGUAACACGUUGGAUGCUUGUUAUUGCUGAUGGCAGGAUAGAACUUUUUGGAUACUGAAUAUGGAUUUUGGUAUUGUACAGGUGAGCUCGCUGAGUUGAUUGAUACGUUUGUUGCACUGUAAAUUAUAUAUAAUAUUUUGUAUCCUUUUUGUUUUAUUGGUAUACAUAACUUUCGUGAUCUAAACUAUCUACGCGUAUAGAUACGGUUGUGUUAUUGUUAAGCUUUUGUAGAUACAACUUAAAAAUGGUCAACGUAAUUGUACUGGUAUUGUGAAAAGUGAUUGUUAAGGCACGAGUAUCCAUGUUCGCGGCUUUGGCUAGCUGUAAUACUAUGAGCGUAUAGAAAUGAAAGUUGUCAAAACUUUCUCUUUUAAUUUCGCACUUUUUCGGAUGAGACCAAGAUUUUUUCGUAUGGUGUAUUCAUCGUGUGUAACUUACGUCAGGCCGAAUGAUAUGUUAUAAUUAAUUAUGUAUAUAUGUAAUCGUAACUGGCACGUGUGACCCACGUGCCUUUCAGACUGUCAUAAUCAUGUUAGAGUGGCCUAAUUAAUUUACUCUUUGGGUAUAAGCACGUAUAUGUGCAGAUCAAUGGCGAUUUUGCACAUAAGCAUUGUUAGAGAUAUGUUUCGUAUACAUAAUAGAAUUUUUACUUUAUCCAGCCGUGCUUAAUCGCGAGGGAUCGCGCAUUUGAUACCUUUGUUUAUAAAAUUAACAAUAAUUAAAUUUCGAGUCUGUGACCACAGGUAGUCCUGGGGUAGGUAUUUAGGUGAUUAGUAUUAAUUUUAUGUGUGAAAAUAUUAAGUACGAGGUCCUUUCGGCUACGCACGACUAGAUAAAGAUUAAUAACGCGACAGAUACUAGAUGCCACAUAUAUUUAGGUGGUAAGCUCAAGAGUCACGUGUAAGGAACUAACGUUGAUAUUAGACAUUUUUUAAGCCGCACGCAUUGUUUUUUUGCAACUUCAAAAUUUGCACUGUUCGUCUUCAAAACAGAUACGUCGACAUUGAUACUAAAGUUACAACUGAUUGAUUAUCUUUUUAGUGUGAUUCAAACGUAAAUUUAACAAAUGGCAAAUCUUCUGUGCUUUCUAUACUUCGGUGACUAGAGAACUUUUCACGCUUGGCAUUGCAGGACGUUGUUCCUUCUCGUACAACCAAUACGUCUCCAUGUUACCUUUGCCCUGAAUAAUGAGAAAUAAAUUUUAUUAGAGUUACCCAAA